CAACACAUUCUCACGCUCAACUCUUCUUUCGUCAGCAAACACAACAGCCUAGGUUCACCAUGGUCAAGUUCUCAUCCAUCGCCGUGGCCCUCGCCGCCACUAUCACCGGUGCUCAAGCCGCCUUCAAGAGGCCUUGCGUCAGUCCCUACGACGUUUGCGGCUGGACUUUGCUCAACAGCGACUUUGGCUAUGACCCUGCUAGUCUUCAGGAAGCCACGUCUGCUGCGGGCCAGGACCCUACUAACGGCACCAUCGUCUAUGACUCCAUCUACAACUGCCGCGAGGGUGGCGUCAUUGUGUGGAACCACCACUGCGACAAGGGCUGUGACGGUGCUAUUUGGGUGCCGAACGCCAACUGCCGGGCUUAAACGCAGCAGCUCGUCGAGAUGAGGGUGGAAGGACAGCCAAAAGAGAUCUGACAUCGUUCCAAGUUUCAAAUGUUGCCCCGGCUCUCCACCACAAUCUGUACUUAGACCAGCUGGCCAGCCAUUGUUCCUUCAUUCUGAGUCAGCUCAUAUUAAUCAAUAUAUCGUCC